AUGGGAAAAGUUGGCGCCGGCGGCGGCUCCCCAGCCGGGCUGAGCGCACUCCUCGCCGGCGCGGGGCUCUUAGUCCUCUGCGCCCCGGGCGCCUGCGGCGGCGUCUCCUGCGGUCCCCCGCUGCACCCCAGCUCGGCCCCACGCUGGGCUCCGACCCGAGGGGGGCUUACUCACCUGGGGCCGCGAGGCAGGGCUCCUGCCACGCCCCUGCUCGGACGCCCCCUGUUUGCAGUGGCCCCCGGAGACCGAACGCUGUCCCUGGAGCGGACCCCGGGCACUGGGGCGUCGGUGGCGAUUGCUCCACGCUCUGGCCGGAGGAGACGGAGUGGAGAGGAUCAAGAGAAGGCGGAACGGGGAGAGGGCACGAGAAGACGCCCCCGGGGAGUGCUAAGGGACAGAGGGCAGCAGGAGCCUGGUACUCUGGAGCGGGACCCGGACAAAGCCACUCGCUUCCGGCUGGAAGAGCUGAAACUGACCAGCACUACGUUCGCGCUUACAGGCGACUCAGCACACAACCAAGCCAUGGUCCACUGGUCUGGCCACAACAGCAGCGUGAUUCUCAUUUUGACAAAGCUCUAUGACUAUAACCUGGGGAGCAUCACGGAGAGCUCGCUUUGGAGGUCAACCGAUUAUGGGACAACCUAUGAGAAGCUGAAUGAUAAAGUUGGGUUGAAAACUAUUUUAAGCUAUCUCUACGUGUGUCCUACCAACAAGCGUAAGAUUAUGUUGCUCACAGACCCGGAGAUUGAGAGCAACUUACUGAUCAGCUCGGACGAAGGGGCAACCUAUCAAAAGUACCGGCUGAACUUUUACAUCCAGAGCUUACUUUUCCACCCCAAGCAAGAGGACUGGAUUCUGGCAUACAGCCAAGACCAAAAGUUAUACAGCUCAGCUGAAUUUGGGAGAAGGUGGCAGCUUAUCCAGGAAGGGGUCGUACCGAACAGGUUCUACUGGUCUGUGAUGGGGUUGAACAAGGAACCAGAUCUUGUGCAUCUCGAGGCCAGAACUGUGGAUGGUCAUUCACAAUACCUAACCUGCCGAAUGCAGAACUGCACAGAGGCCAGCAGAAACAAGCCUUUCCCAGGCUACAUUGACCCAGACUCUUUGAUUGUCCAGGAUGAUUAUGUGUUUGUUCAGCUGACAUCAGGAGGACGGCCACACUACUACGUUUCCUACCGAAGGAAUGCGUUUGCCCAAAUGAAGCUGCCCAAAUAUGCUUUGCCCAAGGACAUGCAUGUCAUCAGCACUGAUGAGAACCAAGUGUUCGCAGCGGUCCAAGAAUGGAACCAAAACGACACGUACAACCUCUACAUCUCAGACACCCGUGGUGUCUACUUUACUCUGGCCUUGGAGAAUGUCCAGAGCAGCAGAGGCCCUGAGGGCAACGUCAUGAUCGACCUCUAUGAGGUAGCAGGGAUAAAGGGAAUGUUCUUGGCUAACAAGAAGAUUGACAACCAAGUGAAGACUUUCAUCACGUACAACAAAGGCAGAGACUGGCGUUUGCUGCAGGCCCCGGACACGGACCUAAGGGGGGACCCUGUGCACUGCUUGCUGCCCUAUUGCUCACUACACCUUCACCUUAAGGUCUCUGAGAAUCCCUACACAUCAGGGAUCAUUGCCAGCCGAGACACAGCUCCCAGCAUCAUAGUGGCUUCAGGUAACAUAGGUUCUGAGUUGUCAGACAGCGACAUCAGCAUGUUUGUCUCUUCAGAUGCAGGGAACACUUGGAGGCAGAUCUUUGAAGAAGAGCACAGUGUUUUGUAUCUGGAUCAAGGUGGAGUCCUGGUUGCUAUGAAGCAUACGUCUCUCCCGAUUCGACAUCUCUGGUUAAGUUUUGAUGAAGGGAGAUCUUGGAGCAAAUACAGUUUCACAUCUAUUCCACUUUUUGUGGAUGGAGUUCUGGGUGAGCCUGGGGAAGAGACUCUAAUCAUGACAGUGUUCGGACACUUCAGCCACCGCUCUGAAUGGCAGCUGGUCAAAGUGGACUACAGGUCCAUUUUCGAUAGACGCUGUGCUGAGGAGGACUACAGACCCUGGCAGCUGCACAGCCAGGGGGAAGCAUGCAUCAUGGGAGCGAAAAGGAUAUAUAAGAAGAGAAAAUCAGAGCGGAAAUGUAUGCAAGGGAAAUACGCAGGAGCCAUGGAGUCUGAACCCUGUGUCUGCACAGAGGCUGAUUUUGACUGUGACUAUGGUUAUGAACGACACAGCAAUGGUCAGUGCCUGCCAGCCUUUUGGUUCAAUCCAUCUUCUCUGUCGAAGGACUGCAGCUUGGGACAGAGUUACCUCAAUAGUACUGGGUAUAGAAAGGUGGUUUCCAAUAACUGCACUGAUGGGGUGAGAGAACAGUACACGGCCAAACCACAGAAGUGCCCAGGGAAGGCCCCGCGGGGGCUCCGGAUCGUCACCGCUGAUGGAAAGCUGACAGCGGAACAAGGGCACAAUGUUACUCUCGUGGUGCAGCUGGAAGAGGGUGACGUCCAGAGGACAUUCAUCCAAGUGGACUUCGGGGAUGGCAUCGCAGUGUCUUACGUCAACCUCAGCUCCAUGGAAGAUGGGAUCAAACACGUCUAUCACAAUGUGGGCAUUUUCCGAGUGACCGUGCAGGUGGACAACAGUCUGGGGUCUGACAGCGCCGUCCUGUACUUACAUGUAACUUGUCCCCUGGAGCAUGUACACCUGUCUCUUCCCUUCGUCACCACGAAGAACAAAGAGGUCAACGCGACUGCUGUGUUGUGGCCCAGCCAAGUGGGCACGCUCACUUACGUGUGGUGGUACGGAAAUAACACCGAGCCCCUGAUCACCUUGGAGGGAAGCAUAUCAUUCAAGUUUACUUCCGAAGGCAUGAACACCAUCACAGUGCAAGUCUCAGCCGGGAAUGGCAUCCUGCAGGACACGAAGACCAUCGCAGUAUACGAGGAAUUUCGAUCUCUUCGCCUGUCCUUUUCUCCAAACCUGGACGACUACAACCCGGACAUCCCUGAGUGGAGGAGAGACAUCAGCCGAGUCAUCAAAAAGUCCCUGGUGGAGGCCACCGGGGUUCCGGGCCAGCACAUCUUGGUGGCAGUGCUCCCUGGCUUACCCACCGCUGCAGAGCUCUUUGUCUUGCCCUAUCAGGAUCCCACAGGAGAAAACAAAAGGUCGGCCGAGGACCUGGAGCAGAUAUCAGAACUACUGAUUCACAAGCUCAACCUGAACUCUGUGCGCUUUGAGCUGAAGCCUGGAGUCCAAGUCCUUGUCCACGCGGCUCACUUAACAGCAGCCCCGCUGGUGGACCUCACUCCAACCCAUAGUGGCUCCGCCAUGCUGAUGCUGCUGUCCGUGGUGUUUGUGGGGCUGGCGGUGUUCGUCAUCUACAAGUUCAAAAGGAAGAUCCCGGGGAUUAAUGUUUAUGCCCAGAUGCAGAAUGAGAAAGAACGAGAGAUGGUCAGUCAAGUCAGUCACCCUGAAGGCAGGCCCCAUAUCCCUCAGACUGAACUCAGGCGGCCUGGCCAGCUGAUAGAUGAGAAGGUGGAGCCCCAGCUCAUAGAAGUUCCAAACAGCAACUUUGAGAGGAAUGGGGUGCUUGGCAGCUGUUCUGUGUUUUCCAGGAUUCCAACUGAGCAUUGA